AUGACGAACAACGUCAGUAAGGGCCUCAUUCUGAGAGGGUGUUUAAUUUCUGGUGUUGUAAUAUUGACUGUCUCUUGCUUUCAGAAACCAGAUGUCUUGACAACAGGUGCUGGAAACCCAGUAGGGGAUAAGCUUAAUGUUCUGACAGUAGGGCCACGUGGACCUCUUCUUGUUCAAGAUGUUGUUUUCACUGAUGAGAUGGCUCAUUUUGACAGAGAGAGGAUUCCUGAAAGAGUUGUGCAUGCAAAAGGGGCAGGAGCCUUUGGCUAUUUUGAAGUUACUCAUGAUAUUACCAAGUAUUGUAAGGCAAAAGUAUUUGAACACAUUGGGAAAAGAACUCCCAUUGCUAUACGGUUCUCCACUGUUGCUGGAGAAUCUGGGUCAGCUGAUACAGUUCGUGACCCUCGAGGCUUUGCAAUGAAAUUCUAUACAGAAGAGGGGAACUGGGAUCUUGUGGGAAAUAAUACUCCUAUCUUCUUUAUUCGGGAUGCAAUGUUGUUUCCAUCCUUCAUUCAUAGCCAAAAGAGGAACCCUCAGACUCACUUAAGGGAUCCUGACAUGAUGUGGGACUUCUGGAGUCUUCGCCCUGAGUCUUUGCAUCAAGUGUCUUUCCUGUUCAGUCUUCUUAAAGUACAUUUAUUAAUGGUUUCUGUAAUACUCUCUGCAUGUUGUAACUGGUGCCACUGCUUUUGUUGCUUUCAGACUGACCAGGGCAUCAAAAAUCUUUCUGUUGAAGAAGCAGGAAGAUUGGCUUCUACUGACCCAGACUAUGCAAUCCGUGAUCUUUAUAAUGCCAUUGCUAAGGGGGACUAUCCAUCGUGGUCUUUCUACAUUCAAGUCAUGACAUUUGAAGAAGCAGAGAAGUUUCCAUUUAAUCCUUUUGAUUUAACUAAGAUUUGGCCACAUGGUGACUACCCUCUCAUCCCUGUGGGAAAGCUUGUCUUGAACAGGAAUCCUGUAAAUUACUUUGCAGAGGUAGAACAGAUGGCAUAUGAUCCCAGCAACAUGCCCCCUGGUAUUGAACCUAGCCCGGAUAAAAUGCUGCAGGGUCGUCUUUUUUCGUAUCCUGACACUCACAGACACCGUCUGGGACCUAAUUAUCUACAAAUUCCUGUCAACUGCCCCUUCAGAACUCGUGUGGCCAAUUACCAGAGGGAUGGACCAAUGUGCGUUUCUGAUAACCAAGGUGGUGCCCCAAACUAUUACCCAAAUAGUUUUACUGGUCCAGAAGAUCAGCCCAUGUUGAAGGAGAGUCGUGUGUGUGUUUCGGGAGAUGUGCAGCGCUUCAACAGUGCAAAUGAAGACAAUGUGACUCAGGUGAGAGAAUUUUAUCUCAAAGUGCUGAAGGAGGAUGAACGCCAGAGGCUGUGUCAAAAUAUUGCUGAUCAUCUGAAAGAUGCCCAGCUCUUCAUUCAGAAGAGAGCUGUGAAAAACUUCACUGAUGUUCAUCCUGACUAUGGUGCCCGUAUCCAGGCUUUGCUGGACAAAUACAAUGCUGACAGUGGGAAAAAAGAUGUAAUUAGGACAUAUACACAGUCCACAUCUCGUGUGUCUGCCAAAGAAAGAUCCAACUUGUAAAGCAUGCUGCAGAGAUUCACUCUGAGUUUUGCAUCUUUUCAAGCACAG